AUGUUUCAACGAGUUGAAAAACCUUUUAUGAAAUAUAUUGGAUUUGCAUUCCUUAACGUUACAAACUGCUUAACUAUCAAUAAAGCUGAUUCAGAUAUAGAAGGAAGUCCCAAAUAUCAAGAUAUGCAUAGUUCAGAUGAAGCAGAAUUCUCAACUGCUAGAAUAGUCUGA